ACAUAUUGUAUCGAGUUUGGCAUUUAUUAAUUAAAACUUUAUUUUGUAAAUGAUUUAAUAAAAUCUGGUCUUUUAAAUUAAUUAUCUCAUUUUUAAUUAACUAUUUUAGUGACAAAAUAAUUAUCAAUUAUGACUUAAGAUAAAAGUGAUGUAAUUAUGUUAGUGUGACAAAAUAUAUUCACAACGAAGAGUGAAAAGAACAAAUCUUUAAAAUGUAUUUUUACGAACGGUUUUGCCAGUGGUUAGGGCAUUUAAAAUUAUCCCGUGUUAUAUUACUUGUGUCGGUAAUAUUAUUUGUAGUGCCCUUGUUCACACAUUAUUAUUUAUCUAAGUAUGAUGAGACUGGCACAUUAUCCAGUAAUCCAAUGCGCCACACGCUGGAGGCUUUAGGUGAUAUCUCAACAAUGAAUGCAGCAGAUUUAAAAUUAAGGAUUGAAGAAAUGCUACGAAUAAAGGCUUCAGUCUCUACCGAGUUACGUGAACUGGAAGCAAAACGCGGACGAUUGCAGCGGGAAGCAGCGGCGGCGAGCGCCAAGGCGGACAGUGCCAAGGCGGAGCACGCGAGAGCCGCCGCCGAGCUGCAACGCCUGCGCGUGUCCGCCGACCAGGCGCGCAUCGCACAGCUAGAGGCCAUUCGACGAGACUCGCCGGAACUAGCACCACCACUCCAAAUAUUACCCUCAAGACCUCCACCCAUAUUGCCACCUAUAGCUUCUUCCUCUGAAGUCCACUGCCGCAUGUUUUCUUGCUUCGAUCACUCGCGCUGCUCCCUGACGUCAGGUUUCCCGGUCUACCUCUACGAUCCCGACGUCUUUGUGCCACUCGCUGGCGCUGAGGUGGAUGGCUUCCUCAAAACGACGCUCAAGCAAACCUUAGGCUACAACACCCACAUCACGCGCGAUCCUAAUGAAGCGUGUGUCUACCUGGUCAUUGUGGGCGAGGCUUUUCCAUUUGUAAAGACUCCCGCGCCAACAACAGAUACAUAUAAGCUCCUGUUGAAUGAGACUGCAAUCAAGAGCUUGCCAUACUGGGGUGGGGACGGUCGGAACCAUGUGUUAGUGAAUAUGGCGCGGCGGGAGCUGUCGGUCGGCUCGGGCGACGCUUUCCGAGGAGCCUCGAUAGGCCGAGCCAUGAUCGCACAGUCCACCUUCACUCACGAGCAGUUCCGGCCCGGGUUUGAUAUCGUUAUGCCGCCCGCACUCGGUCCACCCGGGGGCGACGUGUGGGCUGACUGCGCGCCUAUAGCACCUGCGAGGCGGAAGUAUUUACUAAGUUUUCAGGGUUCGCAGCCGCCACCGAAAGGAAUAGACAAGGAUCAUGAUAAAUCUCUGAUCGAAGCUCUGCAGCAAAUGGUAAAGUCUGCGCCAGCGUCUGACUUGUUCCACCUGCAGUUCGAGUGCGACCCGCCGGUCGAGAAACGCGCCGUGUUACCUAUCGGCGACUGGGCGCUCUGCGGGACCGACCGCUCUCGUCGUGCCGUACUGAGGGAUUCCACAUUCGCACUCAUACUGGCACCUGCCGAUAGAAACUAUGUCACGACGGCUCUCCUGCAAGCGAGACUAUACGAAGCGUUACGAUCUGGUGCUAUCCCGGUGAUACUGGGCGGCGACCGCAUCCGGCUGCCGUUCGACGAGGUCCUGGACUGGCGGCGCGCGGCCGUGGCAGUGCCGCGCGCGCGCGUGCCCGAGCUGCACGUGCUGCUGCGCGCGCUGGGCGACGCCGACCUGCUGGCGCUGCGGCGCCACGCGCGCGUGCUGUGGGAGCGCUACCUGAGCUCGGUGCAGGCGGCCGUGGACGCGCUGCUGGCCAGCCUGCGCACGCGCCUGCUCAUCCCCGCGCGCCCCGUGGCGCCCACGCUGGGCGCGCCCGCCUUCAACGACUCGUACUACCCGCCGCGGCUGGAGCCCCCCGCGGUCGAUGCUGAGCCGGAAGAAACACUCGGGCCGCUGGAGGCUCCCUACCCCAGUCCAGCGUAUCGUCGCAAUUUCUCCGUGGCAUUGUUACACGGGUACGAGAUGUGGAACGAUUGGGGGGAGCCCUUCGCGCUUUACCCGCAGCUACCGUGGGAUCCGGCAGUGACGUCCGAGGCUAGGUUCCUGGGGUCGGCGGCAGGGUUCCGGCCGGUGGGUGCGGGGGCGGGGGGCUCCGGCCGGGAGUUCAGUGAGGCGCUGGGCGGGGACCGACCGCGGGAACAGUUCACUGUGGUUAUCCUCACGUAUGAGAGAGAGACCGUACUAGCUGCAGCACUGGCGAGGCUCAGGGGGUUGCCGUAUUUGAAUAAGGUGGUGGUGGUAUGGAACGGGCCGUCGUCCCCCAGCAGCGUGUCGUCGUGGCCGGAGAGCGGCGCCCCGGUGGCCGUGGUGCGGGCGGCGCGCAACUCGCUCAACAACCGCUUCCUGCCGUACCAUCUCAUCGACACCGAGGCCGUACUCUGUGUCGAUGAUGACGCACAUCUAAGGCACGAUGAAAUCGUCUUCGCUUUUAGGGUGUGGCGCGAACAUCGUGAUCGUAUCGUCGGCUUCCCUGGUCGAUACCACGCGUGGGACCUCAACUUUAACAAUGGAUUCUUAUAUAAUUCUAACUACAGCUGUGAGCUGAGUAUGGUACUGACGGGCGCGGCGUUCGUGCACCGCUACUACCUGUGGGCAUACUGGCGCACCCUGCCGGCCGCCAUCAGGGACUACGUGGAUGAAUAUAUGAACUGCGAGGACAUCGCUAUGAACUUCCUAGUCUCACAUAUUACUAGGAAACCCCCAGUCAAGGUGACUUCGAGAUGGACAUUCCGGUGUCCCGGCUGUCCUGUGACACUAUCGGCAGACGAAACACAUUUCCACGAGAGACAUAAAUGUAUACAGUUCUUCUCACAGGUCAUGGGAUACACGCCUCUACUGACAACGCAGUACCGCGCCGACUCCGUACUCUUCAAGACACGGAUACCGCACGACAAACAGAAAUGUUUCAAGUUUAUAUAGUGUCCGGUUGUUUAUAAUCCACGUACUUGUGGACACGUAGCUAAUUAUAGUCAUUAUUUAUUUAAUUCAUUAGACAGUGCUAGCGAAAUGAGUGGUAGCAUAACUGUGUUUAAACUUUUGUAAUACGAUACUGAAAAAAAGGCGCAGAACGUAAUCUAUUCCAAAUUGUUUAAUAAAUUCUCAACCGUGUUACAACACUAUAAAGUUUAAAAUAUAAUAUCGAAUUAAGUUAUAAAGUGAAAUAUUGAAUUAAUUUUCGGUUCUUCGUUCGUUCUCUAGGUUGUUAGUCAUAGUAACAUAAAUAUAGAGGUUGUAACUAAUAAAAAAUAUCAUAGAUAAUUAAUAUAACAAUGGAGACAUACUAAAUUUACUAAAAAUCACGGUUUACUCACGUAAAUUAAUGGAGAAAAGCUGUACUGUUGCUCUACGGCACACACACACACAUUGCUCAUGAUGAAGAGUCCCUCUGUGGCUCGAAACUAGUAGAGCUUUUCUUCAUUAAUAUACGUGAGUAAACCGUGAUUUUUAGUUAAUAUAUCAAAGGAAUACAUAAAUCAGAUAUAUUUGUUCAGUUCUUUUUGAUUUUUUUCUAUUAAAUUGGUAUUUUUUAUAUUAUGUAAUAUAAGAAUAGUAAUCGCUACUAAUGUAGAUCAAAUCAUGCGAGUCUCGUAAUUUUAAAAAGGUUUUUGUAAUGGAAUUGAGUAAUUGUUUAAGAAUAAUUUUGGUGCGUAAUAACAAUAUUCAAAUACUUAGGUACCUAAGUGAUAACGAACUUUGUAAAUAUAAUGAUAAUUAGGUACGUUUAUAUUUAAAUACAUAUUUCUAUCAUACUGUACAUUCGAGUUUACCAAAUAAAAUAAUUUAGUAUAAUUUCUUAAGGUAUGAUAAUGUUUUACAGAAAUUAAGACGACUUUUUUAUGUUUGACUUGAAGUUUCAAUCGAUUUAAAAAAGGCAGGUUCUUAAUCCGAGUGCAUUGUAAAUUGAAUGAAAUUCGCUUUAGUCCCAAUGAAACUGUUAAUCGUCUUAAAAAUCAAAAGGAAAGUUUAAUUAUUGUUAUUGAGCUCCUGUUUAAUCUCUGGUUAAGCUUAUAAUUGAAUAUAAUUUUACACACUUUCUUUGUGAAAACUGUCGGUUAAAUUAACAGUGACUUUAUUUUGCAAUGGUAAAGCAGAGGCCCUUGGCGUAAUGACAAUAAGAAUUAAGUACACACUGUACAUAAUAAUAGUAAAUGCAAAAAGGACGAAUAGGCAGCUGAAGAUAUAUUAAAUAAAGAUUUAAUUUGAAUAAAAUUGGGGGCGUCCUUACCUAUAUGCAGGUUUGCGGAGACCUGGGCCACCAGAGGGAAGGGGUGCCAGGAUUUAAGUGUUAGGGGGUGCCAACGGUCGGGGGGCGCCAAUUGUUAAGUGUUGCCAAGUGUUAUACACGUAACACUUAUGCGAGUGUUACGUGUUUGCGAGUCUGUAUUUGCGAGAGUUGUAGGUAAUACAAGAAGGCUAAAGGGUAUUAUUGCACAUGGGUAAGGGACGCCCUUGAACAAAAUCAUGUUUUAAUAUUAAAUUAAAAUAACUGAAGUAAUUGUGUACUCCACCGCAAUCAAUAAGUUUGGUUGAUUUUUUAUUUACCGCCAUUGUGCGUCACUUCAUACAUAAAUUUUACCAAAUAUUGUGAGUAAUAUGUUUAUGUGUGAACUCAGGAAUUUACGUGUCCGUUUAAAACGUCAUAUUUCAGGAUAUUUUUUUCUGAAUAUCCUCAACCUAAACAAAUAAGGAUGUUUUUAGUCACAAUACGUGUGUGAAAUGCGUAGCGGGAUUUUGACAAAACAAUAAAAUUUUUAAUUAGUCAUUGUUAUUAUUUCCUUUUUUUAAGUGAGAAUUUAUUUUGUAAUUCGAACAAAUAUAAAAAUAUUGAUUGUAAUAUCACCUGUGUGUUGUCAUUUACUUAAUUUAAUUUUUUAUUAAGAAUUUUUACGAAAUACAUUAUUUUAGAUGUUUAUUCAAGACUGACGCACAUUUUAAUUCAAUUAUUGGAUAAGUUGAAAUCAUGUUUAUAUCGUUUUUUUACUUUUGUAACCAGUGUUACUUAUCUAUUUUUUUAAGUAUAAUGUAAGUAAUUAAAACUUUGUAAUUUAAACAUGUAAAGUUAUUUUCAAAAACGAAAGAAUUUAGUCAAAUACAGAAGUCAACCACUACCUAUCUAA